AUGACUGUCAUCUAUCUGCGGUUUUCCCAGAACCCCGCUCCUGAACAAUCCAUAAUCCUCGUCGCCGAAACACUCCAAAAGAUCAACACCGAUCUUAGCGAGUCCGAGCGAACUGAAGAUAGCAUUACCUUCACUUCUCCGGAUCAUAAUGUCGACAUUUACGGUGAUAUCUUCGAAUCUUGGCUGGAUUCGGAUCCCCCGGUUAUAAAUACCUGGCGAAUGUUGGCACACGGUUGA